UGAAUUGCUGUCAUGAUGUCUUUGAUUUUGUGUAUCAUGGCAUUAUCAUUAACAAUAUGGAUAUUAUGUAAAACAGGCUUGUUAAGUGUAGAUGUUGUUUCUUUCACAAAUAGUAGAAAGUAUGAUGAUGUUUUAAUGCCAUGUGGAAGUGCUCUCUUUGUACCAUCUAUCUUCUGCUUUUUUAUAGACUUUGGACUUUGGAACCUGUUGAGAAACUUCAAUAUAAUCCAUAGGCUGACAUGCAGCCCAAAAUACUCAGAUUGGUGCCUUCCGGCUGUACUUCCAUUUCCACAAGUUUUCCUUUCUUAGAUCAAUCAAUAGGACGCAUCAUAUUUUU